AUAUAUAUACCUCAUUUACAGUGUUAAAAAUAAAAUGUAAACCAUGACAGAACAACAAAUAUUAGAUCAUGAUGGAUUUAACUCUUGGGAACUUUUGCCAGAAGAACUGUUGUUAAAAAUAUUUCAGUACGUAGACUGUAAACAUCUUUUAAGAUUAGGUCAAACUUGCCGUCGUUGGAAAUUGGUUGCUGAUCAGGAACUACUGUGGAAACGAAGGUUUGCAACCGAUUUUAAACUUCAUGGCCAUGUUAGUUUAAACUCAGGUGCGAUAUCUUGGAAGGAAGAAUAUGAAAGAUUGAUCGAUCGAGUUCCGAGUGCUGAGUUGGAAAAGAUUGAAGAACACACGGAUGAGGUUUUACAUGUGGCGUUCGCUAAUAAUGGGAUGAUGUUUUCUACAUGUUCAAAAGAUGCCUACAUCAAGGUUUACAAUGCUGAUUGGCCAUUUGAGACUGUGUUUAGUGAAUAUCUUGGUGUUAAAAAUUCACUGUUUCAAUGGAAAUAUACACAACUGUCCCAGUUCAGCCCUUGUGAUACACAACUGUUAGUGUCUGGUAGAUGUACAGGUUCUGAGCAAGGUGGAGAAAUAGUUGUUUACAACAUAUUUGCCGGCUCAUUCACCAUACAAUCUCGAGUUCGUAUUCUCCCCUAUGAUGUGAUGGGAACCUGGCUUAAUGAUUCUCAUAUACUUUCUGCCAGAGCCCAUGUUUUAUCUUACACAAGGCAAUGUUUAUGUGAAGUUGUACUUAACAAGUCAAGUCAGGAAGUUGAGAACUUGCAUAAGGCAACAAUGUCUAGAGCAUUCUUGUUUAAAUGCAAUAAUUGGGCAACUGUUAGUUAUAUUCGUGUGGCAGAUUUGACAUCAUGCAUACGAAAGAUUAUGAGGAGUGAACCUGAUGUAGAUUUAUCACAACAUCUACACGCCAUGCAUUUUCAACAUCUAAAAAAUAUCAACGAGAGGAAAAUAUACGGUCAGUGCGAUGGAUGUAAACAGACUUUGAAACGAUGCAUGACUAACGAAAAUGAACAAACUAAGUUGCCAAGAACGACAUGGAACAAGGAGCCCACUUGUUUUAGUUUCUGUUCAAAACCUGUUAAAUACGUUGACGGAGAAAUAGGAGUCGUUUUGAAGUCGUGCGGAAUUCAAUCAACAGAUACCGAAAGUUUGCCGGAGAGAAACAAUGAGAUUUAUCCGGAAAGUUCGGACACUUGCCACUUUCAAAAUCAAACUUUAUGUCCGGUAUGUGGACAGGAAAGAUCAUAUUUGUCUGGGACAGAAGAAAGUUCAGCGUCAACCACGAGUGCAGAGGAAGAUCAUGUGAGGAUAUUCCUUCCAAAAGUUUGUAAAGUCUUGAUAGGUUUCACAGGAGAUUAUGUGAGCAUACCACACCAAAUAGGAAUUAAAUAUUUGAAAGAAGAGGAAUGUGGCCAUGUUGAUGAGAGAGAUUUAAAGUCAUUGAUUGCAGCACAAGAAUAUAACAGGUCAGAUUUACAGACGGAUAAUUGGGAUCAUAUCAUUGAAGUAAAAGGACAGUGUGUUGGAAUGACGUUGUCUUCAUGUAAUCGAUAUUUGUAUGUUAACGUACGAGAAUGGUUAACGGAAGAUGAUAUCAGUUUAUUCAACCCACCGCCAAUUGCAAACGAUAUUAAGAUGUUUGUGUAUGAUCUCAUCACUAUGACGAAGAUCAGUGUCUUGAGCGGACACAAUGCCAAAAGUGACGUCUUCUUUCUUCAUCUCAGCAGUAAUGACCUUUAUGUUGCAAGUGGUUCUGAGGACAACUGUGGUUACAUAUGGGAUCGCCACUACGGUGUGUGCGUUAGCCGGUUAGUUCACGAUGAUGUUGUAAACUGUGUUGCUGUCAAUCCCUGUGAUCCAUCAAUGGCUGUGUCGGCAAGUGAUGACAAAACUAUAAAAAUAUGGAGAUCUAAAUCUUUCAGAAGACUGCUCAGCGGAGUACGUGCAAAAGCAAGAACAAAAGUAUGAGUGGUUUUAGCCUCAGCCACAUAUUGUACUUUACAAAAAUUAUAUAACUUUGUUUAUUAUACCCGAUAUGCUCCAGUUAGGGAGUGUAAAAUGUUGCACAGGUCAAUUGCAGGCUUUUGCAGCUAACAUAACAGAUAUUUCAUUCUUGUCUAACGACGAAACUAAUCAUGGCCUAAAUUUCGAUCUUGCUUUUUUAGUCGCCCAACUAAAAUUUUAGUUUGUAUAUUUUGACCACUAACUUCUGUACUAAGUAAUGCACAGAAAAUUAGUCGGUCGAUUCAACGUGAAAAAUCACAGACUAAAUUUUAGUCUGCGACUAAAAAAACAAUAGUUACGCAACCAACUAGUUUUUGGGUAACAGAGAGUACCAUCCCUGGUCUAAGUUUAAGAGAGAAAAUAUUUUCGAAUUUUGACAAAAAAAUUGCUGAUCUGCUGAUUUAGUAUCUAAACUCUGGAUAAAAAAUUUCGAAAUUUAAAAAGUUAACCAUAAUUGAGAAAUCGCAGUGCCAAGCAGUGUUUAUAUUCCCAUCAGUGCAUAAAGAUAAUGUGUUAUAUUGUGUUAUGUUUAUUAAGAUAUUAAGACAAUGUGUUAUAAAGUUCUGUGUAAGUGUUAUUGUUUUAAUAAAUUCUAUAUGGUCCGAA